AUGGGAGCCAUGCAAAUAUUUGAUGUCCGAGACAAGUUGAUUAAAAAACAAGGGGCAGGAUCUUCAUGCCCGUAUUGCGGAGGGCCAGUGAUGGCAAUGGAUUAUGAUUCCCAUUUGUUCUUUUGUUUCAUCCCAAUCUCCCACAAAAACAAGAGGAAAUUCUCCUGCGUUGUUUGCUCCAGACGACUGGUUUCUGCUGAAUGA